GCAAUGCGUCUCGAUCUUUUUUUGUUUUUACAAGUAUAUCUUUCUAACCUCGAAAUCAUAACAUAACUGCGAUUGUUUGGGCAUUCGGCUCUCCAUACAGAAUAUACAGUGUGUCGUCCGUGCGAUAAACGUCACAUGAGGUAUAAAUAAUCAGUUACUUUACACCCGUUGUUUCCACUACGUAGGUCAAGACGAUGGCCGAGACCAAUGAAGAAAUGAAAAUUAGCGAAGAGUCUCAAAAGCACUACGAAAGGAAAAUGGAAAAUUUUGAAUGCCCCUUUACAUGGGGAAUGAGUGAAACAAUAUGCAUAGAUACAGACGAUAUUCGCGGCGACAAUGAGGAAGUCAUUCCACUAAUGAAGUUCAUGCGUUGCAUCGCUCUUGUGUACGACUACACGAGAACCAACAAAGACUCGCAAACUAUAUUAGAAAAGUUGAAUGAUUGCGAUGACGUGAUCAUUAAAAUUCAAAACGACGGCCACCCACACAUUUCAAUUGAAGCCGUAUUGUCUGUGUUCAAGGCAACGAAAUGUUUCGCUCUUCUUUACCUCCAAAUGGAGCCAGAACUAAAGACAAUUUUUGCUGAAACCGUCAGCAUAGAUUCGUCCGAGAAGAAGCAGACGAGCACGGUAAAAGCUUGCCGAAGCAUCGCCUGGUCAAACUAUUCGCGAACAACAAAAACCAUCGAAUGUAUACGCGAAGCGAUUGCAGACAAUCCCGACUGCGAUCUCUGGCAUUUCAUUUUGGCCAAGACGUUGCGCAGCAAAAGACAGAAAAAAAAAUUCAAUUCCCAACCGGAUGCCGAAGAAAUCGAAAGCUUUGAAAAAGCAUACAACACGAGGAAAAACCCGGUCUUCGGAGUAUUUCUUGCCAAAGCUUAUAACGAGGAUAGACAUGAAAAUGAUAAGGCUUUGAAAAUGAUAGAGAGUUUGCAGGACAUACCUCGAAAUGAUUCACUCUUGUUGAUAAUUGUCUUGAUUUAUAUUCGCAUGAGAGACUUUAAGAAUGCCAAGAGUUGUUUUGAUAAAGUUGCGAAUAAAAAGUCCAGCAUGUACUCACAUUAUAGAGGCCUGUAUUUUUUAAAACAAAAACAAUACCAGGAAGCUCAUCCAUUUUUAAAAAAAGCGAUCGAAACGAAUAAUUUUCAAGCUGAGUUUAAUUACAUGAAUUGCGCGCAAGUGAUCCAUAAAAAACGUUUCGAUUUAACACAGUACCUGCUACAAAUGUUAGAUAAAUAUAGAAGUUGGUCUAAGCACAUGCUGCAGACUAUUACUCUACAUUUAGCAUAUACUUAUUUCAAAAAGGAUAAGAAUAUAAAAGAGUCUCUAAAGUAUUUCUUGGAAGCAAUAGAAAUAAAUCCGGAUGCUAUUCUCCUUAAGGAAACUUAUCGUCCUGUUUUACUUUGUGAUUGGCCUAAAAAGAGUAUUUAUAAAAUACUAAGCAAGAAUAUAUUACCUGAUAUUUGCGAGCACUUAGAUCUGUGGGAUGAAAAGACCAAGGAAAGAGCAAUAGCACUGGAAAAAUAUUGCAACGAGCAUCAACCUCAACUCUAAAAAUUAAUUUUUAUCGUAUUAACGACUGAUCUAGGUUAUUUGAUUUUAUGUAUAGAUUUUGUAUAUGGCAAAUAUUUACAGUAAUAUGAAAAUAGAUAUAUGUAUCUAUACUUGUAGGUGUUCUUUUAUUGUGUUUGAAAUAAAAUUCAAAGAAAAUAUAAAUAA